AUGCCGGAUGAUUAUCUCGAGAAGCGUCGAAUGCAUUUGCAUCAAAGAUUGCUGAUGAUGUUGAUGAUGAUACGUGAUUAUAAAGACUACCUGCAGAUUUUCGACAGUUUAUUGUCAUUUUACUGGGCAUCAUUGGACACUUUACAUAUGUAUGGUUGGCUUUGGGACAGAUCCAUACAAAAGAGUGAACUCGUCAAUUGA